ACCCACAUGAAUGAAUUCCCUAUAGAACACACAAAUACACUCAUAGCCUAAAACAAACCAAAAUGUCGUCUUCCCCUAAAAUUCCAACCUCAACGCUCCGUCUUCCAUGGAAGCACCGUCUAAUGCUUCGUCUCGGUACUAUAGCCACCAACACCUUUUGCCGAUCCGAUUUCACCAUCAACCGUUGGCUCACCGGAAUCCUUGACCGGAGAACCCCCCCCUCUUCCAAACCAAUAGACGGCGUCUCCUCUUCCGAUCUCCUCAUCGACAAAUCCCGCAACCUCUGGGUUCGAAUCUUCACCCCCAUCGACGAUGUUCAAUCCCUGCCGGUGAUUUUCUAUUACCAUGGCGGCGGCUUCGCUUUCUCUUACGCUGAUUCAUCUCUUUACCACACCACCGCUCACCAAUUUGCCAAACAACUACGCGCCGUCGUGAUCUCCGUUAACUACCGCCUCGCUCCGGAGUUCCGAUUCCCGUGCCAAUACGACGACGGAUUCGACGCAUUGAAAUUCAUAGACGAAAUCGAUGAUGGGACAUUACCGGCGAGCGCAGAUUUGGGGCGUAGCUUCAUUUUGGGGGAAAGCGCCGGGGGGAAUCUGGGGCACCACGUGGCAGUGAGAGCGAGCGAGUACGCUUUCAAGAAACUGAAAUUAAUUGGGUUUAUAGCGACGCAGCCGUUUAUCGGGGCAGAGGAAAGAACAGAGUCGGAGAUUCGGCUAUGCAAUCAGCCGCCGUUGAGUCUGAAACUUACGGAUUGGUUUUGGAAGGCGUUUUUGCCAGUUGGGUCAGACCGAGACCACGCGGCGGCGAAUGUUUUCGGGCCGAACGGAAGGGAUAUUUCGGGAGUGGAGAAGUUUCCGGCGACGGUGGUGUUAGUGGGAGGGUUUGAUUUGCUGCAGGAUGGGCAGAGGAGGUAUUAUGAGGGGCUGAAGAGAAUGGGAAAGGAAGUGAAGAUGGUGGAGCUUCCAAACGCCAUUCAUGGCUUCUUUUGCUUCCCCGAUCUGCCGGAAUAUUCCUCCAUGAUUCAGGCGGUGAGGGAUUUCAUCGCCGCCCAAUGGCAAAACUGUAAAAAGAAAGGACUCGUAGUUUAAUAAAUUUCAUGUGUCGUCGCAUUACUGUCAGUGCACGUUAUCCCUAUUUUAUUUUAUUUUUUAUUAUUAUUACUUUCUCUUUGUUCUAUAAUAUUGGUGGAUCCUCUCAAUUAUAUCUC